AUGGACGGCGAAAAUGGGUGCACACCCGCCAACCCCAAAUGCUCCAAACUAGCGGCAGAUUUCGAUGUCGUGACUUCUAAAGCGUGUGACGUAACGGACGCUGCGUCCGCGCACGGCGCUGCUGUUUCCACCGCGUGUGGCGCGGAGCCGGCAGCGAGCGGCGCCCAGCCCCGGCAACCUGCGCUGUCCACCCUGUCGCUCGCGCCGGUUACCCCAGGCGCAGACGAAGUUUCGACAAAGCACCGGUCGCGCUUGACUGAAAGCGACUGUUCUCCUGAGCCCACCAUUGAAAAAAACAGAAAUUCUCCGCCUGAGGACGACGCGGAGAAGGGGGAAACUUGCGCCAGUGCGGAGACGCAAGCGGAGAGGCUCCACUCAGCGUCGAGGGCUGCGGAGAGGCGGAGAUUCUGCGGGGACAGCGGGGAGUCGGAGGAACGAAUGCGCGCGCAACUGGCGGACGCGCGGAAGAUGGUGCGCGCGCUGGUGGGGGAGCUGGCGGCGAGAGACGUUGAGGGGGAUGAUGACGUGGCAUCGGGAGACGAUGACGAGGAUUGGGAGGAUGAUGACGCGGAUGGGAGAGACCAAGGAGAAGAAUUUGAUCUGACCAAGCAUAUUGAAAAGUCUCUGUCCCGCGCCUCACGCAUCUUUCGCCAUUUUUACGCCCGCACUCGCCAACCCCAGGCUCUGCGGCAGGAGCGGCGGGUGGUGCGGCUGAAACAGCAGCUGGCGCGCGCACGGGCGGAGCGGGUCUCCCUUGAGGCGGAGAUGCGCGCGGAAAGGGCGGAAUGGCGCGCGCUGGAGGCGGAAGCCCGCAGGGGGAGGGCGGGGGCACGCACCGGCGGUGCCGUAACGGUUUCCCAGGGUUAUGCUACUGGGCUAGAGGCCAAAGCUGAAAGUUUUGCUGCCGAGGCUGCAGAGCAGGGUUGUGUGGAGGCCGGAGCUAGAAGCGUUGCUGCCGAGGCUGCUAAGAACGCUUUUGUGGAGGCUGGAGCUAGAAGCGAGGAGCAGAUGACAGGAAGCGAGCAGGCGAGCAGCGUUGAUGGCUGCUGCUGCUGUGGGGGGAGUAGGGCGCUGGAAGAGCUGCAGGCGCAGGCGAUGGUGGCGCAGGGGGAGGUGUAUCUGGUGCAGGCGCAGCUGGAACGGGCGCAGGCGCAGCUGCAGCGCGUGCAGGACGAGAGGCGGAAGGAGAGGGAGAGGCACAAGGGUGCUCUGAAGCAGUUCGUGCGAUUUGCGAUGGAGGAUAGGGAGAGGGAGAAGAGGAGAGCUGAGGAGGAGUUGGGGAGGGAGAGGAGGGAGAUGGAGGAGAGGAGGAGGAAGGAGCUGGGUGGACUAGAGGAGGAGGUGGAGAGGUUGAGGAGGGAGGUGGAGAAGGGAAGGGAGCGGGAGAGGGAGAGGGUGCAGGAGGCGUGGGAGAGAGGGCGGAAGGAGGGGGUAGGUGAGGGGGAAUUUAUGAGGAAGGUGAUUGGAGAGGGGGAGAGGCGAGUGGCUGAGCUAAGGGCGAGAGUUAGAGAGCUAGAGGAGGAGAAGGGGGAGGCUGAGAGGGAGAGGAGGGAGUGGGACGCGGAGAGGAGGGAGUGGGAGGCAGAAACGAGGAGGAUGGAGGGGGAGGUGAAGGGAGAGCAGGCGCGGAGGAGAGCGGUGGAGGCAGCGUUGAGAAGGGUAGAGGUGGAGGUGGUAGAGCUGAGGAGGGCGAGGGGUGCGGUGGAGGGGGAGAGGAGGGCAGCGGUGAGAGAGGUGCAGAGAGAGGUGGUGUGGGGGAGAGAGAGGGUGGAGGAGUUGGAGAAGGGGGUGGCAGGGUUGACAGGCGAGGUGGGGGAGUUGAAAGGCGAUGUGGAGGGAUUGAAGGGCGGGGAGGCACGGCAGGCAGCAUGGUUUGAGGAGGCGGGCUCUUCUCCCAAGGGUGCAUCUGUGUAUGUCUGCCGUGUUGCAUCACUGCCCAACGCCAUGCCUACUGCUGCCACCCGCACAGGUGUUGCUGCUGCCACUGCUCGUGCUCGUGGUGCUGCUGCUGCUGCUGAACGUGCUUCCAGUGCUGCUGCCACCGCCGCCGCUGCUGCUGGCAGCACGCGCAGGAGUCACCUCACGGGUUCCACGCACGUGUGCGCACGCCAGUGCUGCUUGCACCACGCACAUGCCUGUCACACGUCGCAGCACGCAUGCGCACGCAUGGCGCGUGCUGCAAUUCCAGGUGUGGCCAGAUCAGGUGUGCCUGUUGAGUCAACUCAAACGCACCACGCAUGUGCGGCCACUCCAGGUGCGCCUUCACCAGGUAGCACCUGCCUGUAUGGAGCCGAAGCAGGUCAUUCCCUGGCCAGCAGCAGCGAGGGCUCUGAGGGAGGGGAUGGAGGGGCGGCAGUGGGUUGUUGCUCCUGCUGCCCUGGUGGGGACAGCGCAGCAAAGAGGACUCUCGCACAGGGGGAACCUGGCAGACGUGCCAGCAGUAGCAGCACAAGCACGGGCACGAGCACGAGUAGUGGUUGUUUGCCGCAUCUCAUCGCUUUGAAUGGCAACAGGCGUGGCAGGAAUGAGGGGAGAGGGUUGGGUGAGAGCGGUGCGAAGGGGUGGAGCACAGUGCAAGCGUACAGGGGAUGGGAGGAGGAGAAGGCACACCACAGGUGGUCACAAGGCAGAAGCAUGAGCACAGGAGGAGGCGAGCAGCAGGGGCAGGAGCAGGAGUGGGAGGAGAGCGGGCAUGAGUUCAUCUCCCUCCUGGAUGGGCUCCACCUGUCGCUUGAAAUCUGA